AUGCCAAAGAAUGGCCGUACGCAGGUGGAUGAUGAUGCAAGGAGUGUGUUAAGCGUUCAGUCUGAACGGCAAAGGAGGCACAGCAUAGCCACCUCAACGGUGCGGGACAGUGAGAGUGUUGCAGGCUCCCCAUCUGUCCCAAGCUACAUGGUUCCCACAGAAUCUGCAAGGGCUAAGUCCCGCCUCCAUGGCUCGGCAUUAAAGAAUGGUGCAGAGACACCAGAAAAAGGAGGCUCUGCUGGACCCGCGAAGAAGAGGUUAUCCUUCCAAUCUGGAAUGGCAUCUCCCCCACCGAUGAGGAGGCAUUCUGGCCCUCCUGAGGUGGAUGAUAGUGAAGAAAAUUGUUGA